AUGGAAGAAUCUACAAUAGAUUCAAAUCAAAAAAAUAUAAUUAAUAAAAAUGACAUACAAUCAAAUUUAGAUUCUACUGCAGCUUCUUCACCAGAAAAGAGUGUUACCAUGGUAAAUGCAUCGACAUCACCAUCAAAUGCUAAUAAACAUGAUAGAACCACACCAUCCGAAACUCAAGUUAAGAAACGAACAAAAGCGUCUAGAGCUUGUGAUCAAUGCAGAAAAAAAAAGAUUAAAUGUGACUAUAAUGAACUGAAAAGCAUAUGUGGCUAUUGCGAAAGAAAUAACGAAACUUGCAGUUUUAUAAGAGUUCCAUUGAAAAGAGGGCCUUCCAAAGGUUAUAAUAAAUUAUACAAAGCCAGUUCAAGUAAUCAUAUAUCCCCUUUACAAGACAGUAACAUUGUAGAUAAUAACAGUAAAAAAAAUAAUAACCUUUCAAACAUGAAUUUAUACACUGCCUUAAAUAAGAAUACAAUAACACCCAAUGAUCACACAGUUGCACAUAUAUCCAAUAAUUAUAAACAUGAUAGUAAUCGUUUAUCUACUAAUAACGCAGUUAUAACAUCACAACAAUCUAACCAAGUUUUGUUGCCACCUCUAUCACAAUAUGUUCCUUCAACAAACCUUCAACAAGCCAAUAGCAACACAAAUGAAAAUAGUACUAAGACUUCUUUAGUUAAUGAAAAUGAUACAUUACAUAAUACAAAUAGAAAUACAGUUCAAAAUAUUGUAAAUCAAAUAGGACAAUUAACUCCAACUUUAAAUUUUACUCAACAACAAUUUUGGAAAGUACCAUAUCAUGACUUUCCCCUUCAAAAAAGAACGUCAAUUGAUUCAUUGGGUAGUGAUUUAUCCAUGAGAAAUAUAAAUUUACAUGAAAAUACCAUGUAUAAUUCAGGCACUAUCCCUAUUCAAAAUCAUAGCAAUAACACUACUACUGUGAUGUCUUCAAACUUUAUUCAAACAAUAUCUGCUCCAUCUCCUAUCACAGAAAAUAACGUUAGUAAUAGUAACACUCUCAAUACCAGCCUAUUGGAUAAUGGCAUUCAUCCAGUAGGUGGAGGUAGGUCUAAUAGUAUCACGGGGAAUACUAACAAUACGUACUGGCCAUAUAUAAAAAACCUCAAUCAUACUUCAAAUGAGGAAGAGCAAAACAUACCCUUCAGAAGAACAAGUUCAAUACCGUCUUUAUUAAGACAGACAUCAUCUACAAAUAUUGCUGGACAAAAUAAUUUACAUAAUUCAAGCACAAACCAACUACCCCAACCAUAUUCAUAUUCUCAAUUCUAUCAACAAGCACAUCAACAAACUAUGGGACCAAUAAAUUCAUUUGAUAAUUUUGCAACAAGUGGAUUUCACACAAGACAUGGUUCCAUUGCAAGUGAAGCUAUGUCUCCCGGAACUUCAGCGAAUACAAAUGAAAGAACUAUAACUCCUUCUAAAACAAAGAAAAAUAGUCUAGAAAGUACUUCAAUAAAAUCAAUAAUUACUCCUUCAUUGGAAAAAGAAAAACCCUCAACAACAGUGUCAAAUACAACAAAACCGCUCAAUGGUAUCACCAAUGAUUCUACUAGACAUGAUUAUUUUAACAAUUCCAGCAGAAUAGAAGUAUAUGAAAAUAAGUCAGACAAACAUGUACCCUCUAUAAUCUCACUCAACUCCAUUAUGCAUCCAAUAGAGAACAAUAUAAAUGAGCACAAAGAAAUUAAAUAUAGUGGAAUCAAAAGCGGGCACAAUAGUAGUAUCAAUUCAUCCUCAAAUCCGACAGAACUACUAAAUUCACCAUCGUAUACAUUACAAUUGCUUAAAGAUAAACAGUCAAUUACCAACUCACACAGGACAUCUGCGAGUGUUAUUAGUACACCAAAUGGUAAUAAUUUCAACUGCCCCGCCGUUAUAUACGGACAAAUCUCUUACAAAGAAUUAAUUGAUAUUUAUUAUGAAUUUAUUCAUAUUGGUUUCCCAAUCAUUCCCUUAAAUAAAAAGAUGUUACAAGAUGAAAUUCUUAUGCAUUAUGAUUCUCUAAAUUCAGCAAUUCAGGAAUUAAAUGAUUAUGUAUUCUUAUGGUUUAGGAAUUCUUUAGAAUUGUUGGUAAGAUUGGCUAUUAAAAGAGGUAGUGGUCAUUCGUUAUUUGAUACACGCAUAUCAUCACUUGUUAGAUCCAACAUCACUGGGACUUCAAACAAUGACAAUCCAGGAGGGAAUGGAUUGGACAAUAAAGAUGAUCAAAUAUCUGGUAAUGGCAGUGACUUAAAACGAAACGAUUAUUUUGAAAUUCAAACAGUUUUUAUAUCAGCAUUAAAUGAAUGUUUUCAAAAAAUUGUCGAUAUUCAUCCAAAAUUUAGAGAAAACAAAGACUUAAUUUCACCAAGAAUUAAAGUAAUUUAUCUUUGCACAUUCAUAAUAUUAAACUACAUACUUUCCUAUGUUGGCUAUGAUAAUUCAUUCGUAUUGGGGAUGUCGGUAACAAUUUUCAACGAAUUUAAAUUAUACAAACAGUUACUUGUCGGAGAAAUUCUAACAAGAAUUGAAAAAACCAAUGAGGAUACUACAUAUGAAAUAGGAUAUUCCCUUAUUUUCAAACGAUUAUAUAUUCUUUUGAUAAUAUUUGAUUCGCUUCAAAGUUGUGUAUUUGGAGGACCCAAAUUAUUAAAUAUUCCAAUUAAUUCGACUAUUGAUAAAUUUUUUGAUAGCUUCCCUGGAUCAGAAUUCUACAAUAACUACGAUCAAAAGUUUAUUGAAAGAUGGUGUGUAGAAAAUGAUACAACUAAAUUAGCAUAUAUCAUCGAAAGUCUUCAUUUAGGUGAGAUGCUAACAGAGCUGUCAAUAAAGAGAAAGUCCAUUAAUAGAUUUCAAAUUGAAAAAGGUAAUAUAUCUCUUUUAAAAUGGACCCCUAUAUGUACAUUUCUGGAAAAACGUACAUCUACUUCGCUUGCAGGACUAUUUCAUAGAAUUUUAUAUGUACGACAAAAACUUACAAAUAGUUUAAUAUCUCUACAAAGUGAUCAUCCAUCAAAUCCUAGCAUCGAAACAAUAUCCGACCUUUCAGAUAUUUUAAUAGAACUGAUAUCAAAAAUUUUCCAAUUACUAUCUUUAAUAUUUCAAUUAAACCCUACAAAUAGUAUUAGCAUGGACCAUAAAUAUUCAGACCUAUCACCAACCCCUCAUCACCAAUUAAUAUCUCUACACCAAUCUGCAAAUAAUACUUCUAAAGAUAUUAAUAACUUUUACCAAAAAUUGAUAAAUUUACACAAGAAUAAAUAUAAUAAGGAAAAAAAUAACGACUUGAUCAAUAAUUUAGAGGUUGGUACAAUAUCUCCAUUUUCUAUUCCAAUGAUUUAUGAAUUGCACAAUAUUAUAAGUAUAAUAAACAAAUUACCAACGCAUUUAAUACAAAUUGUCAUGCAAAUUAACCUAUCUGAGACUAUGAUACCUCAUGAUAUAGUGGUCAAACUAUCAAAUUCCAUGAAUGAAGUUGUACAAAUUACAAACCUUUUUAAUAUGGUUAAACCAUUCAAGAUAUUUGAUACUGAUUUGAAUGAACGUACACUUGGAGAUUAUAACGACCAAGACUUAAUUAUAAAAAAAGAAUUUAUGCCACAAAGUCAACUAAAUGGUAAAAAUGAGAUUAUGGAGCAUUUUAUUAAAAGUGGUUGGAAAUUAUUAGACGACAUAGAAUUUGGCUGGUUAUAA